GUAUUGAAAUCACAGAUGGAGAACGACGCCGACACAAUUGGGCGAUUGGAGAAAGAAAAGUCUUAUGUAAUGGGUAGUGUCGGGGAUUUAAAUGCCAAGAUUGCUGCUUUAGAAUCACAAGUAGGCGCAAUGGCACAACAAAAACAGUCAUUAGAAGCUUUAUUGUCACAAGAAAGAUCAAGGGCAUUUGGACAAAUUCAAGAGAUGGAAAAAAGAUUUAAAGAGAUUCAACAUGUUCUGUUUGUUAAGCUAGAAGAAGCAAAAGUUUCAAAGGAUUCUUAUAUACCACUUAAAGCAGAAAUUGAAGCAAUGAAAAUGUUAUUAGCAGAAGAAGAAAGAAGACUUAGUGCACCAAUAAAUUAUGAAAGCACUGUUUCAGUAUCAAAUGUGUCCAGUUACAUCCCUGCAAUGACACGAACGCAAGUAGCUAGUUACACCCCUGCAGUGACGCGUACACAAGCGGUUAGCUACACCCCUGCAGUGACACGUACACAAGCAGCUAGCUACAUCCCUGCUGUGACGCGUACUUAUGUAGGAACCGGUGGACAUAAAACUGCUUAUCAUCAAGCAUCCUACAGGCCUGGUUACUGCAAACGUUAUCACACGAAAUAUAGAUAUUAAGAAGACUGCAUAUCAAACAAUGAGCAAUCGAGUGAACCUUCAACAGCACCAAAUUAAUUAUAUCAUUGUAGAUGAAUACAUGAACUUCCCACCUUGCAAUAUAGAGCUGCUUCUUAACAGAAUUAUAUAUUCUACUGAAUAAAAAAAACAGUUAUAUAAAAGUAGUAAAUAUGACAGAAAUGAAUGUAAC